AUAAUAGUAUAGGAAUGUUCAUACUUUUGGUAUUAUGAUAUACUUUAAUUGAGAAGUGGUAUUGUUUAAUGACAAAACUGAACCCAAAGUCUGAAGACUGUGUUCUAGAUCUGGUUUCUCUAGUCACUCUUUAUCAUAGUAGUAAGUUAACCUUUCUGAGCCUCAUAUAAAAUUAGGAUGUAUUAGUUUCCCGUUACUUGGAGCAUAUGAGAAACUUAGUGGAUGAAAAAUUAUUCAUUUGUGAUGUCAUAGUUGCUAUAGGUCAGCAUUUUGGGGGUUCUACUUCAGGAUCUUGUGAAGUUGCUCUCAGAGCUGAAGUUUUUAGAGCAUGGCUGAAGCUAAGAGAUUGAGUUUCAAGAUGACCUGCUCACGUGGCUGGCAAGUUGGUUCCUUUCCAUGAAAGGUUUUUCAUGAAGCUGUCCUCUUGCCAUGGGAGUUGGCUUCCACAGAGCAGUAUUCAAGGUAUGGCACAGUCACAGGGCUGGGUGAAAAGAUACUUGAAGGCCUUUUGUAAAGGCUUCUUUGUGGCAGUGCCCGUGGCAGUGACUUUCUUGGAUCGGGUUGCCUGUGUCGCAAGAGUGGAAGGAGCAUCAAUGCAGCUAACUGUGUAUGAGCCUGAAUAA